UAAUUUGCCAAAAUGACCAACACAAAGGGAAAGAGGAGGGGGACCUGCUACAUGUUCUCUAGGCCUUUUAGAAAACAUGGAGUUGUUCCUUUGGCCACAUACAUGCGAAUCUACGAGAAAGGUGAUACUGUAGAUAUCAAGGGAAUGGGCACUGUUCAAAAAGGAAUGCCGCACAAAUGUUACCAUGGCAAAACUGAGAGAGUCUACAGUGUUACCCAGCAUGCUGUUGGCAUCCUUGUAAACAAACAAGUUAAGGGCAAGAUUCUUGCCAAGAGAAUUAAUGUGCGUAUCGAUCAUAUUAAGCACUCUAAGAGCCGAGAUAGCUUCCUGAAACGGGUGAAGGAAAAUGAUCAGAAAAAGGAAGCCAAAGAGAAAGGUACUUGGGUUCAGCUGAAGCGCCAGCCUGCUCCACCCAGAGAAGCACACUUCAUGAGAACCAAUGGAAAGGAGCCUGAACUGUCGGAGCCCAUUCCCUAUGAAUUUAUGGCAUGAUGGGUGUAAAGAAAAUAAAAGACCUGGAUGGUAUAAAUGUUUCUCUUAAUUGAGUAGA